AUGGUAAACGAGCUGAUGUAUGGAGCCCUACUCCUGACAGCCAUUGCCGCUGCUCCCGACAUUGAGAUAAAGCUACGCCUGAACUACAAAGCCGUGCAGAGCGUCUCCUAUCGCUUCCCGGACCUAAAGGCCACUAUGAUCAAGGCCCUGCUGCUGACCGCCUUGGCCAUGGUGCCAACGUUGAUGAAGCUGCCCAGAUCCCUUACUCAGUGGCGUCUCUUCAAGUACCUGCCCCUGGCCCCCUGGAUACUUAUCUGCUGUUUCAAGUUCCCCCAGCAUGUCGGCAUGUAUAUGUUUACGAUCGGCAAUACCAAAUACAUGGACUCCACUCCCUUGGUCUUGGGCCUGAUGAUAUACUUCAUACUCUUCGGAAUGGCCAUAGAGAUGGCGAUUCACUGGAUGGUCUAUGCCCGCAUGUGCAUCGCUGGGUUUGUCCUGGUAACGAUCAAGUAUUAA